CCUCGCCGGCGCUCAGGCCCGCCACCGCAUCUUCCACGAGGAGCUCGUAGUCAAAGCCUUCUUCGAGGCCGAGAAGGCCCACCAUGGCCAGACGAGGGCGAGCGGCGAUCCAUUCCUGCAACAUUGCGUAGAGACGGCCGUGCUGCUGGCCAAGAUCGGAGCGAGCGCCACGGUCGUCUCCGCCGGGCUUCUGCACGACACCAUCGACGAUUCAUUCGUGGAUUAUGAUCACAUCUUCCACAUGUUCGGUGCCGGCGUGGCUGAUCUCGUGGAAGGGGUUUCGAAGCUGAGCCACCUGAGCAAGCUUGCUCGUGAUAACAACACGGCAAGCAGAACUGCUGAGGCAGAUCGCUUGCAUACAAUGCUCCUUGCAAUGGCUGAUGCACGGGCUGUUCUAAUAAAGUUAGCAGAUCGUGUGCAUAACAUGAGGACCUUAGAAGCCUUGCCUUUGGUCAAACAACAAAGAUUUGCUAAGGAGACCAUGGAGAUCUUUGUGCCUUUGGCCAAUCGAUUGGGGAUUGCUAGCUGGAAAGACCAGCUGGAAAAUCUUUGCUUCAAGCACUUGAACCCUGAAGAGCACACGGAGCUAUCAUCGAAAUUCGCAGAAACCUUUGAUGAGGCGCUAAUCACAUCUGCUGUGGAUACACUGGAUGAAGGUCUUAGGGAAGCAGGCAUCUCAUAUCACAAUCUUUCUGGAAGGAACAAAAACCUUUACAGUGUUUACUCCAAGAUGCAGAAGAAGAAUUUGACAAUGGAUGAAGUCCAUGAUAUCCAUGGCCUGCGCCUCGUGGUUGACAAGGAGGAAGAUUGCUACCGAGCACUCGAUGUUGUCCAUAAACUCUGGCCCCAAGUCACCGGAAGAUUUAAGGACUACAUAUCGCGGCCGAAAUUAAAUGGGUACCGUUCAUUGCACACUGUUGUCAUGAGCGACGGUGAUCACACAUUCGAAGUCCAGAUCCGCACAAAGGAGAUGCAUCUACAGGCCGAGUAUGGGUUCGCCGCGCACUGGAGGUACAAGGAAGGCUCGUGCAGGCACUCCUUCGUGCUUCAGAUGGUGGAAUGGGCAAGAUGGGUUCUUACGUGGCAAUGCGAAGCAUUGAACAAGGAACAUUCGUCGUCCCAAGUAAAAAGCGAUGCCAUCAAACCACCUUGCCCGUUUCCCCUGCAUUCGGAGGAAUGCCCUUACUCGUACACCCGCCAAUGCAACCACGACGGACCCUUGUUCGUCAUCUUGCUCGAACAUGACAAGAUGUCCGUCCAAGAGUUCCCAGCGGGCUCGACUGUAAUGGACCUGAUGCACCGCGUGGGUGCCAACAGCCCAAGGUGGAGCCCCUACAGCAUACCCAUGAAGGAGGACCUGCGGCCGAAGGUGAACCACGAGCCCAUCAGCGACCUGGGAAGGGCGCUGAGCAUGGGGGACGUGGUGGAGCUGACCCCGGCCCUCCCCGACAAGUCGCUGACCGAGUACCGGGAGGAGAUCCAGCGCAUGUACGACCGCGGCGGCUUCGCCCUCGCCGCCACCCGCAGCGGCAGCGGCGGCUCGAGACGCCGAUGACCCCGCGGCACUCACCGCAGUGUUAACAAACAAGCUGUUGUACGAUGAUGUUCGAGUCCAACCCAUUCAAUUCGUUGUAAAUACAUACAGACUACAUAGUCUAAUUCUUGGCGGCCAUGACGAGGCGCUGCAGGAUCACCCCCGGAUGCAAGGGGGGCGUCCACCAGCCUUGGCUGCAAAAUGUGUACACUACUAGCAUGCAGAGCAAUGUAUAAUAUGACAAGAGUCGUUCAAGUUUGA